AUGGACCGAUGCGGUCACUGGCUGGCCGGGACGUACUCUUCCUUCACACUGAGCCAACUUUGUCGCCAUUUGCGUCUCCCUAUUGUGAGCGUGCAGCAGCUCCCUCUGCAGGGGGCCCGGCUGCUACUGAAAGGGACGUCCCUGAGUAAAAGCUACUCCAACCAAGAAGUUCCUGCAGACCAGAUCUCAGACUUCUGCCUCCUGAGUGUUUGGACCCCUGCUCUGCUUUUACUUGGCAAGAUGAGACUGACGUUUGGGACUCUGUCUAUGAAAGAGAACUCUUGUGCCUCCGUGUCUGGUGUCACUGUUGCUCUGUGUCUUCUGACCCUCCUACUGAUGGCCCUCAGGGGCCGAAAAAGUCACUACAAAUACCCCCAAUUAAAUCAAACAAAAUAUCCCCCUCCACCUGGCCCAACGCCAUGGCCGCUCGUUGGUAAUUUGCUUCAAAUGGGGGACCAGAUUCAUCUUUCUCUGACCCGUUUGAGGCUCCAGUAUGGUGAUGUUUUCCAGAUGCGCCUUGGCUCUCUGACUGUGGUGGUCCUGAGUGGCUACUCCACCAUCAGACAAGCACUGGUUCGGCAAGGAGAAGCUUUCGCUGGAAGACCUGAUCUGUUCACCUUUUCUGCCGUAGCCAACGGGACCAGUAUGACCUUCAGUGAAAAGUACGGACCGGCCUGGAUGCUCCAUAAGAAGCUGUGUAAGAAUGCCCUCAGGUCAUUCUCACAGGCUGAGCCCAGAGGCUCCGGCGCCAGCUGCCUGCUGGAGGAGCACAUCUGUGCUGAGGCAGCAGAGAUGGUCGAGGUGAUUCAGCAACAAGCUGCAGCUAACGGGGAUAUGAUAGGUGUAGAUCCGGUUAAGGCCCUGGUAACGUCAGUAGCAAAUGUUGUCUGCGCCCUCUGCUUUGGUAAAAGGUACGACUACAACGACAAGGAGUUUCUCACUAUUGUUCACAUCAACAACGAGGUCCUGAGGAUCUUUGCUGCAGGGAACCUGGCAGAUUUUUUCCCUGUGUUCCGCUACUUUCCGAGCCCAUCUCUGAGAAAGAUGGUCCAGCAUAUCCGCAGGAUGAAUGGAUUCAUGGAGCAGAGCAUCAAGGAACACAUCAACACCUUUGAUAAGAACUGUAUCCGGGACAUUACGGAUGCUCUGAUUUCACUUUGUGAGGACAGAGAAGAAAAUAAAGAUACGGCCAUACUUUCCAACUCUCAGAUCAUUCACACAGUCAUAGACAUCUUUGGAGCAGGAUUUGACACCAUCAUUGCUGGUUUACAGUGGAGCAUGUUGUACCUGAUCAAGUUCCCCGACGUCCAGGCUAGAAUACACCAGGAGAUAGAUGAGUACAUUGGCACAGCCAGACUGCCUCUGUUUUCAGAUAAGCCCAAGAUGCCAUUCACGGAGGCGUUCAUUUAUGAAGUUUUUCGUCAUGCUUCAUAUGUCCCGUUUACCAUUCCUCACUGUACCACGAGAAACAUCACCCUGAAUGGAUAUUUCAUUCCCAAAGAUACUUGUGUCUUCAUCAACCAAUUUCAAGUCAAUCGUGACCUUGAUCUUUGGGGUGACCCGGACACAUUUCGGCCUGAUCGCUUCCUGGGUUCCUCAGGACUUCUCAACAAGGAGCUGGCAGAAAAGGUCCUCAUCUUUGGCAUGGGGAAGAGACGAUGUCUUGGAGAUAAAUUUGCCCGUUUGGAGAUGUUUGUCUUCCUGACCACUCUGCUCCACGGGCUGCGGAUAGAAAAUGUACCAGGGCAGGAGCUGGAUCUGAGCACUGAUUUUGGCCUGACUAUGAAACCACGUCCAUACAGGAUUACCAUCUUUUCGAGGGUGUAG